CCCAAGACAAGAUGUGUUUCCUGGCUCCCAAAGGGAUUCAGACUCAGCACAGUUUAUUAAUGUUUUUGACAUUGUAAUUUUUUCAUCGCUUAGCUCACACCUUUGAUCCAUGCACCUCUGCAACGUUCCCUGGAACCAUUCAGUAUACGAGAACUGACAUCCUGCCCAUUACAAGUUGUGCCCUUAACCACUGUGCCCCUUGCUGCUCUAAUAAUGAAGCUAACUGUGUUUUUAGGCCUUCUCUCAUAAUCUGUCUGUGUGAAGCGUCUCGUCACGAGAAACAUUUUGUGUUCCGAAAGCAGCUCGGUCCGAGGAGUCCGGGGACCCUCUGCGGGGCGGCGACGUGCCCGAGCACGACGGCACGAGGUGUGAGCUUCCCUUUGCAUUGCAAAUGAAAUUUAAAGUAGUUCACACUUCCUCUCCAGAUAAUGUAUCUUUUUACAGUAAGGAAGACAUUUCAUAACCAUCCUCUUUGGAUGACUAGAUCUUGUUUGAUUGUCCUGUCAUGGGAUGAACGUAUUUUUUGUUGAAACUGCGAACCCGGUAAGGGAAGGAGGCUGACUGACGCUAACGGGCAAUAAUGAUGAAACGGCCGUUGUUGCGCCAUGUCAUUUUCUUACUGUCUUUAGUACCUGCAGCCACUAGAUGGCGUCAGUUGGGUCUCCUCAGAGAAGGGGGACCUCAGGAGAAAGGUGCCCAACACCAGAGCUCUGAGAAAGUGUUCAGUGUACAGCCCUUGGGAAGUAUGCAGGUAACGGUGAAAAUGUGAGUUUUACUGUACGAUAAUGUAUAUAUUACAGGUACAGAGCACAGUAAAACCCUGGGAAACGUCUGUAAGUUAGUGGAAUAAAGUUGGGGUGGAUGGUGUAGAUUUUCUGAGAAGGACAUGAAAAUGGAGCAUGUGUGUAACAGUGUUAAUGGAGAGAACAUCAGUUCUGAGGACUGUGUAUUAGGAAGAGUAAAAGUCCACCAAACAUGGUAACACACUGGAGUUUGUGUGUAAGCGUGUGUCGCAAGUACUCUGGACCCUGUUAGGGCUGAAAUGCUUCUUAGUGUUUUGGGAAACCUUUGUCACAUAACUGUCACGACUGCCAGCUUCAUAUGUGCUCAGACUGCACACCUCAGUGUAAAAUACUCUGAAUAAGAGCUGGUGGUUAUUGUGAUUGUUACUAAGUGCUUGCUUUUCAUUCAUUCAUACAUUCUGUUAUGUUUUAAUUUAUUCAAUCUAUUUUUUUCUUUUUCAUUGACUGCUUCUGCUGUGCAGGUGGUCCAGAGCAUAUUCUAGAGUAAUAGGUUGUGAGGCAGAGCAUACCCUGGACAGGACAUCACUCCAUCGCAGGGCGAUCUCUCACUCACUCACUCACGAUACUUUAGUCACUGAUACCAGAACCUGCUGGCAGGAUUUCUACACCCAGGCAGGACAACAGUUUUCCCUAGUUUGCUGUGGAGCCCAAGGCUGAAUGAUCCGCUGAAGGCAGGACUUGAGGAGAUGAAUCCUGCCCGUGGUGAUAAGUGCCGUGUGCCGCGUCUGCCGAACGUCAGGCAUGUGGAGCUUCGGCAGUGACGGGGGUUGCUGUAGCGCGCUCGUCGUCCGGGCUCAGUAAUAAUUGAGGAGGAGGAGGAGGAGGAGGCUGAGACAUGGAGGCUGGGGGGGGGGGAGGUGGGCUUGCUGGGAUUUGUUUAGCGAUCGGAGCCAAUAGAAAGCUCAGACGGCGGUAAUAUUUGCACACCGGUGACGGAGCGGGCCCAGAAGGGGAGCUGGAGGCGCAGCAGGGACAAGUGAACAGCGGGGACACCGACGGGACCCCCGGUGCUGCCACACUUGCUGACCCAGGACAGCGGGCGUGAGUCCCCUGGACGUCGCCACCCCACGACGAAGCUGCCCACGGUGCUCAUCUGCGAGAGAAGCUCGCGCUGCAGGAUGCAGUGGAAGAAGCUCGUGCUGUCGGCCCUCCUGGCUACAGCCCUGUGUGCUGCCGCAGCGUCCAGGAAGUCUCGGCCUCAAGGCUCCAUCCCCUCGCCCUACAAGAGAAGCAACAACACGUCCGAGCGGCGCGCACGCAAGCAGGAGGUGCUGGCCUCCAGCCAGGAGGCGCUGGUGGUAACUGAGCGCAAGUACCUGCGCAGUGACUGGUGCAAGACGCAGCCGCUACGGCAGACGGUGGCCGAGGAAGGCUGCCGGAGCCGCACCGUCCUCAACCGUUUCUGCUACGGCCAGUGCAACUCUUUCUACAUCCCGCGCCACAUCAGGAAGGAGCAGGAGGCCUUCCAGUCGUGCGCUUUCUGUCGGCCGAACAAGUUCACUACGCUUACGGUGGAGCUGGAUUGCCCCGGGCUGCAGCCGCCAUUUCGCCACCGCAAGAUCCAGUGUGUGAAGCAAUGCCGCUGCAUCUCCGUCCACGUGGGGGAGUCCGGCAAACCCUGAGGCCCCUGGGGCCAGACCGAUUCACUAGCUAUUUCUUCUUAAAGGAGAGUUCUCACUAGACAAAGACAGAUGGGCAGGCGACACAGUUAUAGCUGUAGCACACUAAGAAAACAGCAGCCACAGGUAUCUGUAGGGGUUAGGAGACCCUCUCCAGACUGCAACACUACAGCCAAGAUUAACACUCCCUUGAUGAAGAGUGAUAUAAAGCAGUAUGACAGAUCUCUCUCAAUGGGCAUCCUGCCUUCAUAGUUUGUAAAUACCUCAUACUAAAUCAGGGUGGGGGGAGAGGGGUGAUAUGGUGGGAAGUAAGGUGUCAGAUAGCUGAACUACCCCCCCCCAGACAGGACUGUGCCGAUGCAGCUGCGGUGGCAAGAUGGCCAUCGACCUGGUCUUUCAAAACUUUGUAUUUAAAAAAAAAAAAAAAAAAAAAAAAUCCUGAGGGAGAGGUUGCUGGCCCAGACGCAGUAGCAAGCUGGUGCUGAAUUGAUAGCGACAGGUGUUGCACUUAGCUCGACUUGGUGGGUCAUGUGCACCGACUGACAACACCGUGUCUGUGGGCAGAGCGUCAGCCCCCUGCAGCCACUGGGGACCUGGGAACCACAUACUACAGACUGACUGACAUGUAAAGGAAAUUAUAUAU